UUUUUUGCGACAGUCCAUUUUAGUCACAAGCGAUUCAUUUUAAGUUCGGGACACUUCUUGGGUCAACAUGAUGGCCACACCAAGUAUGGGCCUGCAGGUCAAAGUUCAAGAUCUCCCAUUGGGAGGAUUGUGUGAAAGUGGUGUUAGCAUUAGCAUUACGCAAAUGCCAUUGCUCUUUUCGCUCGCUCACUCUCGCCAACACCCGAAGUAUCCCAAGCACGUCGGGUCGGAUCGGCUCGCACUUUAUAAAUACCACCCUCAACCUCCCUUUAAACAUGUCUGACAUUCAUUGCGUGCAUGGGCAUGUCUGUGUGUGUUUAUAUGCAAACGUGCAUGGCUGUGUUUGACCCAACUAACCUUAACUCAAACUUAGCCAUAACCCAUUUCACCCUUAAUGGUUAAUGUUAACUUUACAAAUGCCAAACCCUAAACUCUCUCAUCCUGAUUGCUAGCUAGAAAAGGCAUUCCUGUUCGGUGUGUCUUUUUGGAACAAUGUUGAAUAGUAUUUGCUGAUGGGCGAGGUUCCGAGUGACCAUGUCGUGACCGUUUCCACCCAACGUGAGGUCACGGAGUCCUGACACGACACAUCCAGUCAGGCGGCGCUUCCUGCCGUCAGCGGACGAGUACCCUCUUCCUUCCUGUGAAAGGCCAAUGAAUGAACACUUUCAUGUGGGGGCGCAUAUCGUCGGAAGCUCCAAAAGUAUCACUUACCAAUUGGGGUGGCAAAAUAUUUGGUAAGCAUCUGCCACCCUGUAAAACCGCCUAUGGUAAGCAGUAUACUCAGCUCUCCUGAUAAUAGGUACUGGUACCGGAGGUAGGUUUUACUUCAUGGUCCUGGGAUGCCCCCUUGUGUCCUGUCUGUGUUUUACUAAUACUUUUCGGUUAAAAAAAAGAAGCUAUUUUAGAUGUUUGUCCUAUUAAAUGACAUGUUUUGUGCAAAUUAAACAUUUUUUGUGGAGUCCUUAACCAUGCCAUACUAUCAAUACUAUAUUGUUGUUUUAUGUUACAAUCUGCAAAGUAGUAAUAUUCAUAUACUUGGUCUCCCCAUUUCUUAAAUUCCUAGAUCCACACACUAUACACAUUAAUUAUUUGAAAAUAACUUAAAUCAUAUAAAUAAAGAGUAAGAAUCGAUACUAGCAGUUUGACACCGAGUUGAUAUCGAUCCACACAUCAGUAUCUAUGUUAUCGAUGCUUGGAUUGACUUGUGAGCCUUACCGGCCACCGUACAAUGUCAGCGUGUGUUUGUUUGCUAGGCUAGUCCACAGCAUGCGGUUGUGAAGUUAUAUUUCCGCUAUUUUUGCUGGCUAGAAUGAGAAGAUAAAACAUUUCUCUACAUUGGUGUAGGAAGCGAAGCACUGCCAAGAUGCCGAAGGAGCAGUUCAGAGAGACGGACGUGGCCAAGAAAAUAAGCCACAUUUGCUUUGGAGUGAAGUCGGCUGAGCAAAUGCGUCAGCAGGCCCACAUUCAGGUGGUCAGCAAGAAUCUGUACAGCCAGGACACAAAACAUUCGCCGCUGCCUUAUGGAGUUUUGGAUCACCGCAUGGGGACAAGCGAGAAAGACCGGCCCUGUUUAACAUGUGGGAAAAAUCUGGCCGAUUGCGUGGGACACUACGGCUACCUGGAUCUGGAGCUUCCGUGUUUUCACGUUGGAUACUUCAAAGCCACCAUAGGAAUCUUACAGAUGGUUUGCAAAACGUGCUCGAGCAUCCUGCUGAGCAAAGAGGACAAGCUACAGUUCAUGGACAUGGUGAAACGGCCCAAUUUGGCCUACUUACAGAAGCGAGGGCUGAAGAAGAAGAUCUCCGACAAAUGCCGCAAAAAAAGCGUGUGUCCCAAUUGUUCGGCGUUCAAUGGCAUGGUGAAGAAGUGCGGCCUGCUGAAGAUCAUCCACGAGAAGUACAAAACCACCAAGAAGGUCGUGGAGCCUUUCGUGUCUGAGUUCCUGCAGUCCUUUGACGAGGCCAUCGAGCACAACAAACUCAUGGAGCCUCUUUUGGCACGGGCGCAGGAAAACCUCAACCCUGUGGUGGUGCUGAACAUCUUCAGGCGCAUUCCCAUCGAGGACGUGCCGCUGCUGCUGAUGAAUCCCGAGGCAGGCACGCCGGCCGACCUCAUCCUCAUUCGCCUGCUGGUGCCCCCGCUCUGUAUCCGGCCUUCUGUGGUCAGUGACCUCAAGUCAGGCACAAACGAGGACGACCUCACCAUGAAGCUCACCGAGAUCAUCUUUCUCAAUGACGUCAUCAGAAAGCAUCGCAUGACGGGCGCCAAGACGCAGAUGAUUAUGGAGGACUGGGACUUCCUGCAGCUGCAAUGCGCCCUCUACAUAAACAGCGAGUUAUCGGGCAUCCCGCUUAACAUGGCGCCCAGGAAGUGGACCAGAGGCCUGGUGCAGAGACUCAAGGGCAAGCAAGGUCGUUUCCGAGGCAACCUUUCGGGCAAAAGGGUGGACUUUUCCGCCCGUACCGUCAUUUCCCCCGACCCCAACCUGAGAAUCGAUGAAGUCGGCGUACCCGUUCAUGUGGCCAAAAUCCUGACCUAUCCGGAGAAGGUGAACAAAGCCAACUUGGAGCUUAUGAGGAAACUGGUCCGCAACGGCCCAGAUGUUCACCCCGGGGCCAACUUUAUCCAAGAUCGACGCAACAAAAUGAAAAGGUUCUUAAAAUACGGCAACCGGGAGAAGAUUGCGCAGGAGCUGCGCUUCGGCGACGUGGUGGAGAGGCACAUGAUCGACGGAGACAUCGUCCUUUUCAAUCGGCAGCCCUCGCUGCACAAGCUCAGCAUCAUGGCUCACAUUGCCCGAGUCAAGCCGCACAGGACGUUUCGCUUCAACGAAUGCGUCUGUACGCCGUACAAUGCUGAUUUUGACGGCGACGAAAUGAACCUGCACCUGCCUCAGACUGAGGAGGCCAAAGCUGAGGCUCUCAUCCUCAUGGGGACAAAAGCUAAUCUUGUCACGCCGAGAAAUGGCGAGCCGCUGAUUGCUGCUAUUCAGGACUUCCUGACAGCGGGCUAUCUUCUGACACUGAAGGACACCUUCUUUGAGCGAUCCAAAGCGUGUCAGAUCGCGGCGUCCAUCCUCGUCGGCCAGGACGAAAAACUCAAGAUCACGUUGCCUCGCCCGUCCAUAAUGAAGCCCAUGGCCCUGUGGACGGGCAAGCAGAUAUUCAGCCUCAUCCUGAGGCCGAACAAAGACUGCCCCGUCAAGGCCAACCUGCGCACCAAGGGCAAGCAGUACUGCGGCAAAGGCGAGGACCUGUGCCACAACGACUCCUUCGUGGUCAUCCACAACAGCGAACUGAUGUGUGGCAGCAUGGACAAGAGCACCUUGGGCUCGGGCUCCAAGAACAAUAUCUUCUACAUCCUGCUGAGAGACUGGGGAGAGCUGGAGGCGGCAAACGCCAUGUCUCGCCUCGCACGACUCGCCCCUGCCUAUCUUUCUAACCGAGGCUUUUCCAUCGGUAUCGGGGACGUGACGCCCGGCCAGGGUUUAUUGAAGGCCAAGCAGGACCUGCUGGAUGAGGGCUAUCACAAAUGUGAUGAGUACAUCGAAGCCCUGAAGACAGGCAAGCUGCAGCAACAGCCUGGCUGCACAGCUGAAGAGACGUUGGAGGCGCUUAUCUUGAGAGAGCUGUCAGUCAUCAGAGACCGUGCUGGCAGUGCCUGCCUCAGGGAGCUGGACAAGAGCAACAGUCCUCUAACCAUGGCUCUUUGUGGCUCCAAAGGAUCUUUUAUUAACAUCUCUCAGAUGAUUGCCUGCGUGGGCCAGCAGGCCAUAAGUGGAUCCCGAGUACCUGAUGGUUUUGAAAAUCGCUCCCUGCCUCACUUUGAAAAGCACUCGAAAUUGCCCGCUGCAAAAGGCUUUGUGGCCAACAGCUUCUACUCCGGUCUGACACCCACCGAGUUCUUCUUCCACACAAUGGCCGGUCGUGAGGGACUGGUGGACACGGCUGUGAAAACCGCAGAGACUGGCUACAUGCAGCGCCGUUUGGUGAAGUCCCUGGAAGAUUUGUGCUCCCAGUAUGACCAUACGGUGCGAAGCUCCACUGGCGAUGUUAUCCAAUUCAUCUACGGCGGUGAUGGGCUGGACCCCACCUACAUGGAGGGCAAGGACGAACCGCUGGAGUUCAAGAGGGACCUGGACAACAUCCGGGCUGUCCACACGUGUCAGGACGAGCCCACCCUCAGCCAGGGCGAGCUGGUUCUGGCGGCAGAUGCUAUCAUCAAGAAAGCCGACUUUAUGUGCUGCAGAGACAGCUUCUUGGAGGCGCUAACUGAGACAGGCUCAGAGAAGUACCUGCAGACAGUCAAGAAAUUCAUCAAGGGCGUCUCAGAGCGGAUCAAGAAGACACGAGACAAGUACGGCAUCAACGACAACGGCACCAGCGAGCCGGACGUCCUCUAUCAACUGGACCGCAUUACACCUACGCAGCUGAAGAAAUUUUUGGAAACCUGCAGGAAGAAAUACAUGAGAGCGCAGAUGGAACCGGGCUCGGCUGUGGGGGCCCUGUGUGCCCAAAGCAUCGGAGAGCCCGGAACGCAGAUGACCCUGAAGACCUUCCACUUUGCCGGUGUGGCGUCCAUGAACAUCACUCUUGGCGUCCCUCGCAUCAAGGAGAUCAUCAACGCCUCGAAGAACAUCAGCACGCCGAUCAUCACCGCGCAUUUGGACACGGAGAACGAUGCCGACUUUGCCCGGCUGGUGAAAGGGAGGAUUGAAAAAACGCUCCUGGGCGAGAUUUCGGAAUACAUCGAAGAGGUCUUCCUACCCGAUGACUGUUUCAUCUUGGUCAAAUUGUCCCUAGAGCGAAUAAGGCUGCUUCGAUUGGAGGUGAACGCCGAGACUGUGCGAUACUCCAUCUGCACGUCGAAGCUGCGCGUGAAGCCGGGAGACGUUGCCGUGCACGGCGAGGCUGUGGUGUGCGUGUCGCCACGGGAAAACAACAAAAGCUCCAUGUACUACGUCAUGCAGUCGCUUAAGGCCGAGCUUCCCAAGGUGGUGGUUCAAGGUAUACCCGAGGUGGCCCGUGCUGUCAUUCACAUCGACGAGCAGAGCGGCAAGCACAAGUACAAGUUGCUGGUGGAGGGUGACAAUCUACGAGCUGUCAUGGCAACCCACGGCGUGAAUGGAAGCAGGACCACUUCCAACAACAUCUAUGAGGUGGAGAAGACGCUGGGAAUUGAGGCGGCCAGGGCAACAAUCAUCAACGAGAUCCAGUACACAAUGGUCAACCACGGGAUGAGUAUCGACCGACGCCACGUCAUGCUUCUUGCCGACCUCAUGUCCUACAAGGGGGAGAUACUUGGAAUCACCAGGUUCGGCUUGGCCAAAAUGAAGGAGAGCGUUCUCAUGCUGGCAUCCUUUGAGAAAACGGCCGACCAUCUUUUUGACGCCGCCUACUUUGGCCAGAAGGACUCCGUCUGCGGCGUGUCCGAAUGCAUCAUCACGGGCAGUCCCAUGAACAUCGGCACGGGCCUAUUUAAACUACUGCUCAAGGCGGACAGGGACUCCUCCCCGCCGAAAAGGCCCCUGCUGUUUGACAACCCCGACUAUCACCUACCUCUCUUCUCGUAACAGGAAGCCAAUGAGGACAGUCUUUAAGUUCCUGCUUAUUUCACGUCUUCAGACUUGUUUUUGUAAUUUGAUUAUUUCGAAGAUAUUACAUCAUGAACAGUGAACAUGUGUACUGUUUGCUUUUUUAUUUGAUGAUUCCCUCAAUGCGGGUGCAGUAAAAAAAAUGCAUUAUGUAUUUUGUUUAUUCACAGUGAGAAGGUUUGUUGGUGACUAAAAGGAUCUGUAGGGAUUUUAAAGGCUUUUUGGGGAUGAUAGUUAUGACAAGACAGCCCGCCCACUUUUGGAGCUCACUACGCCUCUGGAGUCUGGCACAGAAGCAUUGUAAUGUGUAUUCUCCUGGUUGGAUUUGGCAUACAUACAUACAUACAUGCAUACAUGUUUACACAUAAAUAAAAUAUAUAUUUAAAAAAAUGUUAAACAAAAAAAAGCAUGGACUGUAAUAUUCCUAUUUAUAAAGUUGAGUCUAACUAUUUACAGUCAAUUCAAUGACCAGAAAGCGAGCAGGCUGUAAAUUUAGAGGAAGGUGACCAGGAGAUGGCGACAGCGGGCACCUGAAGUCAAUGUGCUCUGCAAUGAUUGCAAGGUUGCGUUUGGAUAAGAAAAUGUCGCGUUUUUGCACUUGUGUCGCUAAUCCAGUGCUUCUCAAUUAUUUUCUGUUACGCCCCCCCCUAGCAAGAAGAAAACUAUUCGCGCCCCCCCUCCCCACCGUGACUAUCCUAACUUGUCUUGUAAGUCGUAAAAUGUUGCACUGUCGCAAACGUGACAGAAGUAACAAUGAGAGCGCCACUGCCCCCUGCUGUAGUAAACGCGCAAUUACAAAAAAAAAGCCUGUUCCCCAGGGUCACACGCGCCCCCCCAGGAAUAGCUUAGGGGGCGCGCCCCACUAUUUGAGAAGCACUGGCCUAGGUGACUGAUUCACAAUUUGGUUUUGUCUGAUAUCAGAGAUUAAAUAAAGAAAACCAACUGGCUGAUUGAUUUGUUUUAAUUGAGAGGAAAAAAAAACAGCAAAAGCAUUUCACUAGCUGACCAGGAGAUGGCGACAGCGUGGCAUCUGAAGACCAUGGAUUGUUUGUUCUGCUAUAGCCUAGGUGACUGAUUCACAAUUUGGUUUUGUCUGAUAAUAGAUAUUAAAUAAAGAAAACCAACUGGCU